AUGGAAGCAUUAUCUCCCCCCGAUCAAAACAAUUUUCGCCAUCUAUCCAAUAUUUCCCCCUCACAUUUCUCGCCUUCUUCCUCAUCUUCUUCUUCACCCUGUGGCUUUGAUUCUUCCUCAGAUGUGGAACAACGAUUUAAAAAUAAUAAAAAUCUUGUGGGGAAACGAUUUUAUGUUUCUAGAGUGCAAACACCCCAAAUAAAUGAACAACAAAAAAAUAAAGAAAUUGGGAAAUUAAAUAAAAAUAAAAUUGAAUUAAAUGAUGAAAUAAAUUCUGAAAUUGCUACAAAUACUAGAAUUAGUAAUGAUGAGGAAAUAAUUACGUUUAGAUACACGUGGCCUGUUAAAAUUACGGAAAGACUAAUCUCCCUCGGUGAAACAGCGAUUUUAAACGUCAGUCCACCUUUUUGCACUGCCUAUAAUGGAGUUCAAUUCACCUGGCUUUUGCGGAUUUGUGAAGAAAAUAUACUUUUUAAUGACGGAAUUAGUAACGAGAGUACUUUAUCUAGUGGAAAUUAUAACGAAAAGAAAAAUAGUUUUGUUGGGAAGAAGAAAGUAAACAUAACCUUGUAUUACAAAGAUGGACCAGCUAGGGAUGUUAGACUACACGGGGGAGAAAUAUCAAUUCUCAACUCGAAAGGGCUCAUUUUUGAUCAAAUGCCUCUAUGUGAAUUAGAAUAUAUUAAAGGAGGUGGCUGGUCACCAAUUAAUAAUAUGUGUGUUGAAAACAAUAAUAUUAACUCAAUUUCUGCCGAACAAUUAAAAUUUAUUGAAUUUAUACAUUCUCAUGUUGGUAGACAUAUUUCUGUGAGGAUUAAAUUGGAGUGA